AUGAAGAUAGUGACGUUCGCUCAGCACAUUGAAGUCGACCUUGAGUCGGUGGGUCUGCAAUUAAUCUGGGAUCACCAUCAGCAGCUCGCGGUGCACGCCAGUGUCGAUCUCUGGCAAAAGUUGGGAGGUCUCUGUGGGCAUCUCGAUGGCAACUGUGACAACGAUCUAAUGAGCCGAUCAGGCAGCGGGUCCAAGGCAAUUCGCACUUUUACCGACAGUUGGCGCAAUGCUGACCAAACGUGUGUCCUCGAGCCCGAUGAGGAUUUGGCUCAGUGCCACGGAGAUCGCCAUAAGAAGGCGGUCAGCAAGUGCAAGGAUCUGCUGUACAAUCUUAAGCUAAAGUCCUGUCUGGAGCAGUUCAACCAGGAGACUCUACUGCGUACCUGUAUCAGUGACCAAUGUGCCUGUGAUGAUGGUCAGGACUGCAGCUGCAAUCUCCUGCAGUCGCUGGUGGACGAGUCUGCAGCGGUGGCCGCAUCUACCAAACGUGUGGUCCGCAAUCGCAGCCCACCUGCGAGAAUGAAGGAGUGCCCCGAAGGCAAGCUGCAGUACAGGGACACGUGCAUCGAACGAAAGAUGUGUCCCUGCGAGCUGCGGGGACGAGAGUUCCAGCCCGGGGAGAAGCACCAAAAGGACUGCAACACGUGCCUCUGCCAUUCGGGGAAGUGGCAGUGCACCGACAACAAGUGCGACAAACGCUGCUCGGCCUUUGGGGAUCCCCACUAUCGCACCUUCGAUGGCAAACGUUACGAUUUUCAGGGCCGCUGCCUCUACUUCCUGCUCAAGACUUCCAGUCGUUCAGUGGAGGGCGAAAACAUCAAGUGCUCUGGGGCCAUCGAUGAAGCUGUGGAGCCAUCGCCCACUGGACACUCCUGCACCAGAUCGAUAGUUCUGCGUUUUACCCUCAGAGAUGGCGGUCCAACGGUCAUCAAGCUGGACCAGAAGCUCCAUAGCUCUGUCAACGGUGAGGCUGUGACGCAGCUCCCACUGGAGCUGGGCAACUGUGAAGUGGUGCUUCGACUGGCCAGCCAUCAUUUCCUGACGGUCACUUUUGACGACGGCCUGGUGGUGUGGUGGAACAGCCAAUCGACAGUUCACAUUGAUGCACCCUACAGCUACUUUGACAACACGGCCGGGCUCUGUGGCACGUUCAACGACAACACGAAGGACGACUUCCUCACGCCCGACGGUGACUACGAAGGCACCGCUGUGGCGUUUGCCAAUAAAUGGCGGACCAAGGAGAUGUGCGCAGAGCCAGAGCCACCCGUGGCGCCCACACCCUGCUCCGAGAAUCCCCAACAGCUAAAGGUAGCCGAAGAGAUUUGCUCGCUGCUCAGAUCCGACACCUUCUCGCCCUGCCACUGGGCUGUAGAUCCUACCAGCCACUACGAGGACUGUAUUGCCGAUAUAUGUGCCGCCAAGGACUCCACCACAAGUCCGGCUACAACCAACAAGGCCUUGUGCGAGCUGCUUGCCGACUAUGCCCAUCUUUGCGUACGGAAUGGCAUUCACACCAGCUGGCGGCAAUCGAUCAAACAGUGCUCAAUCAAGUGUCCCGAUGGCCAGGAGUACGACGAGUGCGGUGACUCCUGCGCCUUGAGCUGCCACGAUCUGCAGCAUCGAGAUCAGUGCAAGCGCCAGUGCAUUGAAGGCUGCCGCUGUCCCAAGGGACACUUCCUCAACGACGAGCAGGAGUGUGUUCCGCAGAAGGCGUGCUCAUGCCACUACGAGGGGAUUAGCUUCAAGCCAGGCUACAAGGAGGUGCGACCGGGUCCUCGGGUCCAGCAAUUGUGCACCUGUUUGGAUGGCCUUUGGCAGUGCCACGAUGCGGACAAGGAUGACUUAAUCGUUUAUCCGCCAUUAGGCAACCUUCGCAAACAGUGUGCCAAGACUCCCUACGCCAAGUUCGUCUCCUGUGCCCCCAAAGAGCCCAGGACAUGCAAGAACAUGCAUGACUUCAAGCCGGACACUGCCGCCUGUCGUCCCGGCUGUGUCUGUGACGAUGGCUACGUGUACGAUGUGACGCGCCAGCAGUGCGUGCCAUCGGAGAAGUGCUCCUGCUACCAUGCGGGAAGGAGCUUUGAUGACGGCGACACCUUCAAAGAGCUGUGCAAUCUGUGCGUUUGCCAGGGUGGCUCCUGGAAAUGCAGCCGCAACGAUUGCGAGUCCUCUUGCAGUAUCUGGGGUGACUCUCACUUCAGCACCUUCGAUGGUAAGGACUUUGACUUCCUGGGCGAGUGCGAUUACAUACUGUCCAAGGGCGUCAACGAUCAGGGCCUUGGCUUCUCCAUUGUCAUACAGAAUGUACUGUGCGGCUCAUCGGGUGUGACGUGCUCCAAGUCCUUGGAGAUCAAUUUGAGCGGCAAGGCAAGUGAGGGUAAGGGCCAGGGUCAGGAGCAGCUAAAGCUGAGCGCUGGCGGUAUUUAUGCAACGGAUUCCAAUACAUCGACUAUAGCAGGUCUUCGCAAGCAGAUAAGCUCUCAUUCCUCCAGCUCAUUCCACAUCUACAAGGCGGGAGUGUUUGUUGUCGUCGAGGUACUCUCCUUGCAUCUGCAGAUCAAAUGGGACGAGGGGACCCGCGUCUAUGUGAAGAUUGGCAACGAGUGGCAGGGCCGUGUUGCCGGACUAUGUGGCAACAACAAUGGCAAUAGCUUGGAUGACUUCAAACCCCCAUCGGGGGGACAGGAGACAGAGCCCACGCUCUUUGGUCACUCGUGGCGGACGCAUCAGCAGUGCGUGCUGCCCCAACAACUGUUUGAUUCGUGUCAGCGGAAUCCACAGCGUCGUGCCUGGUCCGAGUUGCAAUGUAGUGUCCUGAAGUCGCCCCUAUUCGCAGCCUGCCAUGUGGAGGUGCCGCUGGAGCGUUACCUGAAACGCUGCAUCUUUGACACCUGUUCCUGCGAUCAGGGUGGCGACUGCGAGUGCCUCUGCACGGCUGUGGCUGCCUAUGCCGAUGCUUGUGCCCAGAAAAGCAUCAACGUGCGUUGGCGUACGCCCCACUUUUGUCCCAUGCAAUGUGAUACCCAUUGCUCGGACUACAGUGCCUGUACUCCAGCUUGUCCUGUGGAGACCUGCGAUAAUCUGCUAGAUCAGGGAGAUUCGGGGCGUUUGUGUCAUCACGAGAACUGCGUCGAGGGCUGCCUGAUCAAGCCCUGUCCGCCGGGUCAGAUAUAUUUAAACGACACCCACACGGUGUGCGUGCCCAGGUCGGAGUGCAAGCCAGUGUGUCUGGUGCGGGAGGACAUCACAUACUACGAGGGCGACAUCACCUACACGGAUGACUGUGCCACCUGUCGCUGCUCCAAGAAGAAGGAGGUGUGUAGUGGCAAGCCCUGUCCACCCGUCGUAACCACUGAAGGACCAUCUGUCACGGGCACAGGAACAGUGCCAAAUCAAGAUCGGGGCAAGAACUGUGUGCGCGGCUGGUCGCGUUGGUUGGAUCGUGGCUCGAGUGCGGGUGGCAUUAAUCUCAACGAUGUGGAACCGCUGCCCAAGUUCGAUCGCUUCGAGUCCAUUUACGGCACCUGCAAUCGGGAGUACAUGACCAGCAUCGAAUGCCGCGUUAAGGACACCAAACAGUCGUACGACCUUGUGGAUGAUAAUGUCGUCUGCAACCUGGAUCGGGGUCUUGUCUGUGUGGGUAAAUGCCACGACUACGAGAUUCGAGUACAUUGCCUGUGCGAUGAUGAUGGAUACACCACCGCUAAGCCCCCACCGCCGCCACCACCGCCGCCACCACCCACAGAGAUUUGCGAUCCAUCGUUCCAGAUGUUCAAGGAGUACCCUGGGGACUGCUACAAGUAUCUGCGCUGCGAGCACAUUCCCGGGAAUACAAACUGGCACUGGGUGCCCGGUUCUUGUGGCACCAAUCUGAUGUUCAAUACGGCCAUCGGUGCCUGCGAUCAGGUCUCAAUAGUAUCACGGAUUAGGCCGGAGUGCCGCAAGAUAACCGACCGCUGUCGCGACGAUGAGGAGUGGAACGAUUGCGCCAACCAAUGCGAGCACACGUGCCACUUCUUUGGCCAGCAGUUGAUUAAGCGAGGGCUCUGCAAUCCCGGCGAACACUGCAAGGGCGGAUGCGUGCCUAAGAAGCGGCCGGAUUGUAGGGCCCUAGGUAAGUUCUGGCGCGAUGAGAACACCUGUGUGGAUCAGGAUGACUGUCCUUGCCUGGACGACGACAAUGAUAAGUACGUGCAACCACAUGGGAUUAUUAUCAAUGAUCAGUUCGACUGUCAAUGUGUGUUUAAUCAAUAUGUGUGCGUCCCAAAAAAGACCACCACGGAGGCGCCACCGAUUGGAGGUCACACCACGACUACAGCAUUACCUUUGAUACCCACAACUCUUACUCCGCCUGUAUUGUGCCCAACAAAUAGCAUGGUUCGCUUCUUUACGAGGGAACCCUCUAUAAGCGACAGUGCCUUCAGUGCUUCCAGCUCGCUGAGCAACGACCACGUGGCGCAUUUGGCCCGUCUGCACCGUAAGCCCAAGCUCAAUGCUGGGGCUUGGACACCGAAGAUCAGCGAUCAGUCGCAAUAUUUACAGGUGGACUUUGAGCGGCCGCAAGGCAUCUAUGGACUGCUCAUUGCCGGCGAUCCACACAAUGACAACUAUGUGACGCUCUUCAAGGUGCUGUACAGCCUGGAUGGCGAGGGCUAUCACGAACUGAUCGAUCAACGAGGAGAGCCACAGGUGCUGAUAGGACCUAAGGAUUCGCGUGUGGCCCGUGCGCAUGUUUUCCAGCGCCCCAUCGAGGCCAAGUCUGUGCGUCUCUAUCCUCUGAGAUGGCAGAAUGUCAUUGCCAUGCGCUUUGAUCUACUGCUUUGCAACCAUGUGCCAACCACCACAGCUCCAGUGCCCGAUAGGACGACGCCUCUGCCGCCCACGAAGCCACCACUCGACAGGCUGAUCUGUGACGACCCUCUGGGUGUGGACAACGGAAAACUGCAGCCCCAUCAAGUGACCGCGAGCAGUAUUUGGCUAUCCUCGCAGGUUGAUAGCCAGGUGGGUCUCUUGGACCUGCUGCAGUUCCGCUCCCAGCUGGGCUGGCGUCCACUGGCCAACAAGCAGGACGAGUAUGUGGACUUUGAUUUCCUGGAGCCACGCAACGUGACAGCCGUACAGACACGGGGCGGAGUCCACGGCUGGGUCACCGCCUAUCGCGUACUCUUCUCCCUGAACAGGCUGGUGUGGAACGAGCUGCCUGGACCGAAUGGAGAUGCUCAUAUCUUUGAAGGCAAUCGAGAUGCCCAGGGUAUUCAAACGAAUGGCUUUGUACGACCGCUGGUCACACGAUAUCUACGACUGUUGCCCACGGGAUGGGAGAAGAACAUCAACUGGCGCAUUGAGCCGCUGGGCUGUUUCCUUCCUUACCCCAACACUACUAAGCCCAUUCUGCGACCCUGUACCGUCUGCAAGGGCAUCGACCUGCCGUCUUUGACUGGAGGCGAUUGCCCUUGCAGCGAUGGUCUCUUUUGGUCUGGCUACAAGUGCAUCGAACGUAAUCUCUGCCCCUGCAUCGACAACUUCACGCCCUAUCCCAUUGGAACGAAAUUCGAGAAUAAAGACUGCGAGGAGUGCGUCUGUCUGUUGGGGGGAAUCAUCAGUUGCAAGCCACAGACCUGCCCACCCUGUCCGACCCACAUGCAGCGUGUCCGCAAUGGCUGCCACUGCGGCUUUGCCCCACCAGCGGGGAUUGUAUUCCAAAUGAAUGGUGGUGCAAUCACGUCCAGAAUUGUGCCGAUGAUGAGGAUGAGACAUGUGAUCCUGCACAGACAACGCUGCAGCCACCCACCACCAGAAAACCCCCUACAGAAAAAUGAUGACAUCGAUCAGGCCAUCGAGCCAUUGAAGGAGUGGCUAUCGCAGCUGCAAUCCUCGGAGAACCCAGAGAUUGCUUCAGUGGUCCGUAAAGUACUUUCCUUUUUAACUGCCACUGAAGGGGAGGAGGCGGUGGUGAAGCCUCAAAGCGAGUCAGGUCUAACACUGGAAAUGUUGGAGCUUAAUGAAUUGCCUUUGAUUCCACAAAGGCCAGAGACAGAGGCCUCGCCUGCAUUGCCACUGGGAAUCAUUGAGCUUCUAAAGAAGAUUGGCAUUGCACAACCCACGAUUUCCGAUUAUUCGGAUACGGAUCAGGCAGGGGAUGAGCUAGAGCUGGACUCGGAGACACUGUUGCUAGUAAAUGGCGUACGUGGAACCAAAGAUAAAUCAGAGUUGAGCUUGUACGGAUACAACUUCCAGCUGCCACGAGAGCUGCAGGCCCUGAUGGGUCUCACUCCUUACAUUGCUACCAGAGAUCUGAAGAAUAUGGAGCUUUGCGACGCCUUCUGCUGCCUGCCCCAGAGCAACAAGACUUGCAUGGAUCCCAAGUGUCCAGAGGGUUACGAACCAAUCGUUGAUACUUCCAGCAUUGGAGCCGGAAAGUCUCCCAUCUACACCUGCAGACGGUCACGGAUACCAGACGAUACGUGCGACAUAACCGGACGUAUUUUCAGCACUUUCGAUAGUACCGUCUACAAGUAUGACAUCUGCAGCCACACCCUGGCGCGGGAUACGGACGGUAAUCGUUGGUCCAUCAGCACACAGCUCCAGUGUGCCCCAGAUCAGCCGAGCUGCGGGGCCAAGACACUGAUCAUUAGCGACCAGCAGAGAGGUAUUACCAUCAGCAUUCUGCCCAACCAGCGGGUGAUCUUCAACGGCUAUGAGUUCAGUGUACGCGAUUUGGCCUUGGUAAACGCCAUCCGGCGAUCCUUCGUCAUCAGCCAGAUAGGUGAGACCAUUGUGGUCGUUUGUCGCCAACACAAGUUCUGGGUGCAGUAUGCGGCCAGUGGGAACAUAAGGAUUGGUGUCUCCCAGGACCUGCUCGGCCGUGUGGAUGGGUUGUGUGGCUUCUACAAUGGUCGAAGUGAUGAUGAUAAGCGUACCCCUCAAAGAUUACAUGUGAUCAGCAGCACAGACUUUGGGGAUGCCUGGUAUGACCGCAAGGUGCCACUGGACAAGUGUCGGCCGCAGGUCUGCCCCGUGGAUUUGCAGCAACGAGCCCUACAAAUGUGCCAAGCAGUCAGACAUCCCUCGUUUGGAGCCUGCAGCGUCUCGGUUAACAUCCAGGACUUCCUCAGCCGGUGCGUGGAGAAUACCUGCGAGUGCCUGAAGGCCAAUGCCGGUGCCGAGGGCAGCUGUCGCUGCGAUCUUCUGCAGCAAUUCGUUGGUCAAUGCCUGGCCGUCAAUCGACACUUGCAGCUGACUAGCUGGAGGAGUGUGCACCGCUGCAACCAGACCUGCCGUCCCCCUCUUAUACACCACGAUUGCUACAGGCAACGCUGCGAACAGCAGUGCGGCGACCUCCAGAGCGGCCAGACGGCCAGCGUUUGUCCAUCCAUACCAAGGACCUGCUUCUCCGGAUGCUACUGUCCCGAGGGCACUGUGCGGCGAGGUGAAGAAUGUGUGCCCAUCGAGGACUGCAAGGACUGCAAAUGCACCUUGUUCGGGGCCAGCAAGUUUGUCACAUACGACGGAAGCAGCUACAGCUUCAAGGGCAACUGCACCUAUCUGGUUACCAGGGAUCUGCUCCUGCCAGGCAGCUACCAUUUCCAGGUCUAUGCCACCAUCAAGCCUUGCGGUCCCACGGAGACGGAAAGCUGCGUGCAGGCGCUGCAUGUGACUGCUGGAGAGAACACUCUCCACAUCGAACGACACGCGCAGGAUGUGAAGCUGUUGGCUGAUGGCUAUCAAGUCUCCCUGUGGCCUCAUCAGUCCACCUGGCUGAAGGUGAUUCAACAGAGGGAACAGCAACUGAUUGUGCAACUGCCACAAGCCAAGCUCGAGUUGAUUGUGAAUCUGAAUACACUGCAGUUUCAGCUGAGUGUUCCUUCGGUACGGUAUGGCAGUCGCAUGGAGGGUCUGUGCGGCAACUGCAACGGCCUUAGCAUAGACGAUUUGCACAUCAAUCCCCUUAAGAAACCUACGGAUCAGCGUCCCUUGGGGUUGAUAGACUUUGUCACCAGUUGGCAGAUAGACGAACCCCGGCUGGGCAUUAACACGCGUCCCUGUCAGGGCCAUCAGAUCUGCAAACCCCUGCCCCGGGAGCGCAAUCUUUGCUAUCACCUGAUCGUACAGUCGGGCAUCUUUGACCGUUGUCCUUUGCUCGUAGAUCCGCUGGCAUUCAUUCAGGCCUGCCAGAAGGACACCUGCACUGCCACCACGGACAAGCAGGUGAUCUGUGACGCUCUCAGUGCCUAUGCAGCCGAGUGUAACGCUGCUGGCGUCUGUGUCGACUGGCGUCCCUUUGCCGAGUGCCCGGCACAGUGUCCGCCUGGAUUGUCCUACAAGUCCUGCGAUUGCGACGUCAACUGUGACACUGGCGUUGAUCGUGUUGAUCAGAGCAAUCUGGCGAUCAUUUUCAAGGGACGCUGCCUGCAUACAGAACGUCACGAGGGCUGCUUCUGUCCCGAUGACAAGGUACUUCACCACGGCAAAUGCGUAUCCCCCAGCAAGUGCAUAACCUGCGGCGACGGCCGUCACGUGGGCGACGUUUGGCAGCCGGAUAAAUGCACAAAUUGCACUUGUCUCGCCAGCGGACAGGUCAGCUGUGAAAAGGAGCAGUGUGGUCGCGAUGCGGAUCACAUCUGCCAGAAGGGCUUUACUCAGGUGGUGCUGCAAAGGGAUUACGAGUGCUGCCCCACUCGCAUAUGCGUGGGAAACAUUGAAAAGCCUCCUGGACACGUUUGUGAGAAGCCCAAGUUGCCCGAUUGCGGUCCAGACCAGCAUCGAAUUGUGGACAAGGAUGUCAAUGAAUGUCCCAUCUAUAUAUGCGAAUGCAAGCCCAAGGUUCAAUGUGAGCCUACUUCUCCAGUGAAACUACGACCAGGAGAGGAACUGCAACCCGUAGACGACGGUUGCUGUCCCGGACAACGAAGAGAAAUUGCCCGGAGACUGCUGUGCCGUACACAAAGUGUGCCGCCCAAGGAUAAGUGCCUGAGUCAUCACGACAAUGUGGUGCAAGCCCAUCGAACAGGCGACAAGUGGCAGGAUCCGCUGGACCCGUGCGUCUCGUACGAGUGCGUGGUUAUCGGCUAUCUGUUGCAGACAGUGAACACCAUUCUCAGCUGUGACAAAAAGUGUCCGCUCGGGUACACCUACGAGCACACGAAUAGCGCCAAGUGUUGCGGCUCCUGCGUGCCAACGGGCUGCCAUCACGAUGGCAAACUGUACAAGCCAGACGAGCAGUGGCGCAGUCUGGACAAGUGCAUCACGUACACUUGCGUGUCCCUCGACGGUCAGCUGAUCAGACACGAGUCGCACGAGACCUGUGCGGAUGUCAGCCAGUGCCCGCUUGCGGAUCUUGUGGAUAAUGGCGGCUGUUGCAAGCAGUGCAAGAGUAGGCCCCCGACGCUGGAUAAAACAGGCUGUCAGGCCGUAUCUCUACCCCUUCAGCACACGGUUAGGCUGAUCAGAUACAAGAGCCAGGAUCAUGGGCAAUGCUUCAACGAGCAACCGAUCCAGGGUGUCACCCAGUGCGACGGUGCCUGCGAUUCGGCCUUCAAGUACAAUCCGCUUUUGAUCAAGUUUGAGGAUAAGUGCAGCUGCUGUGCCGCCACGGGUUUGAGAACCGUCUUGGUGAAGGUAAAGUGUGCCGAUGGAAACUAUCUAGAACAGUCCCUGGAAGUACCCACAGGCUGCAGUUGUGAACCGUGCAACAAACACCAUUUGGCAAAAGUGCAGCCUGUUGAGGAACCGAAACCCGUGUCUGUGGGUGAGCUCUUGGACAAGGAGAAGGAGAACGAUGAUGAAGAGGAGAUUAAUCUGCAAGACUUACUCGAUCAAAGCGGUGGCGUAAUUACACGUUAACCGGAACCAUCCAUACCCGGAUAAUAUUAUAGAUUAAAAAGUAUGAACCAAGAUAACUAACUUAAUAAAAGGCUCCUACGCA